CAUCACCAUUCUUUCACGGCGCUCCCUCUUUGCAUCUGCAAUUGAAUCCCCCAGUUCGUUCGCACGACCACCACAUUCAAGAUGUCUUCUCCCGCCGGUAUUCAGUACCCUACCUACCGCAGCAAGUUCGGUCCCAAGUACCACAAGGUGCCCAAUGUUGGCGGCUGGACCGUUUCCCAGGCCGUGAAGUUCGGAGCCCGUGCUGCCGGCUUCGGCGCUGCUGCCGGCAUUGGCGCCCUCUUCUUCGCCUCUGGCAUUCCCAGAAUCCAGCGUGACAUCCUCAUGAAGAUUCCCGUCAUUGGCCAGAUCUACGUGAAGGAGAUCCCUCCCUCUGACAACCCUUUCUAAAUCCUCGACUCGGCCUGGGCGUGCUCUACCAGAAUUGGGUUGGAUUUGCAGCAUUGCAGACUUGGAGUUGUGAGAUUGAGGAUUGUGCUUCCUUCGGGGCUUGUAUAAAAGAUAACAAUAGACUCUCGAACUUCAGCCGGCGUUUGUUUUAACUCAGUGACAUUGAUAGUAUAUGCUCUCCCUAUAUCUUCAUGUGAGGGAAGUUUAAAAUCUGUUUGAGUAAGCAGCA